GUACCGAAGGUCUCUGUUUUCUUUUUUGUGUAUUUCUUGUUUAUUAAAUUUUGUGCGGGUCUCACAGCCACGUGCACAAAUAAUGGACGGUGUGUCAACAGAGAAGGAAGUUUUUCGUGCGAAUGUCCCGAAGGAACUAAUGGAAAAUUGUGUCAAUUCAAUGAAACAAUUUGUGAACCUAACCCUUGUGGUGAUAAAGAUUGUUAUCCUAAAGAAACAACAAAGAAAUACGAGUGCCUAACAAAUGCCAGUUUUGUAUCAAUGGAGUUCAAACUAAAUCACGACAGAAUACCGUUUGAUGAUUGGAUGUUAAAUGACGUUACCAAGGAGAUAGAAAACGCCAUCAAUGAUGCAGCAAUUUCACAGAAUGCAGACGAUGACCGAGUCAUCAGACGUAGCGUCGCGUCGACUCGGGACUAUAGUGAUUGUUCUGUUCGUGUUGCAAAACAUCAAGUAUUUGGUGACAAACUCAGUCUUAAGAUCGUCUUUGUGUGCGCGCGGGCUCCACGGCAAUCGUACGUCUGUGACGCAAUGUUUAAAUCACGGCUAGUGACGUCAUGCGUUGAUGAGACUGGCCAGCGAUGGCCACGACCGACGUCAAAACCAACAACUAUAAAUCCAGUAAGAAUCAAUUUUGCAUUUGUUGUGCGUAAUGUCGACGACGGAUACGUGAGUGCUUCUGCAAUAGUUGAAAAUUGGCAAGUUGAUCGUAUCGAAGACGAGUUGAACAAAUACAGUAUGAAUGACGUCACUGUACGAGCGCGUGUUGAUCUGGUUCAUGGUAGGCGAAAAGAUAGCUUAUCUCCAAGUGCAAUAACUGGUGUGUCUUUAGCUGUAGUGGCCAUCAUCACUGUGAGCGUUGUUGCAGUAUUUCUAAUUGUUCGUUCCAGAAAGUUCACUCAAAAGCAAUUCAGAAUGGCCAGAAGAGCGUUUUUGUCUCGCAGUCAAAGUGCAGACGUCAUUAUAUCGCGCGAAAUCAACUUGAGAGAGCUGGAAAACGCCGAAACAAGAGAAAUGAGGAAUAAGAGUAUCUCUGAAAUGUUUGAAACAAAUGACGUGAGCACAAUGAGUCCAAAGGAUGGAUUAUUUAUGAUCAGAAAUGAAGGGCUGGUAUCAAAAAGACAUCACCAAUCUUCCAUAACCAAGCUCGAUUCAUUCGACUGGUUCCAUGGCAACAUAUCUCGUGCAAAGGCAGAGGAUCUCCUGGAGGCUUCAGAUACUGAAGGAAUUUUCUUAGUGCGCGCAGGAUUCGAUGAUAGUGAGCUCUAUAUAAGUGUGUACAUGCCAGAUGCCGAACCGAAGUUUCGACACAUUACCGUGAAACAACAAGAAGACAGUUUCGUUAUGGUGUGCAACUCUGAUACAAGAAACUUUACGACAUUUCAGGAGCUUAUCAAGCAUCUACGCGAAAACCCGACAAAAAUGGACGGGUUCGAUGAUUUCAUUACGUUAAAGGAUCAUAUUGAUAAACUUUUGUAAAAUAAAGUCGCUGUAAGAUGCCCAUAAGAAACAGACCAAUCUCCAAAUCUUUUAUGAACUAAAUUAUCACACAUCACAGUUAAAAUGUCUUCGCAUUUUAUACGAGCAACUAUGAAAUUGUAAUUGUAAGUCACAUGAUUGACUUAAUUCAAUACUUAACUAACACUUGUUAUAAUUGUACAGAAAAAAGAACUCGACUAUA